AUGCAGGGUCUUACGCCACCCGAGCGGUCGACAAGCCCGCCGCGCAGGCGCAGAGCUUGCAUUCCAUGCACGAAUGCCAAGGCGCGCUGUAAUUUCACUGACACCGACGCCGGCGCCGACGAUGCGGUCUGCGAAAGCCGUGUCGCGUCGCUGGAAGAGCGGCUGGAUGCCUUGACGACGGCAAUUGAGACGCAAAAUGCCCUCACCUCGCGUAGCUUAGCCAUUGGUGGCAGCUCAUCCAGUCUGGGCCAAGCGCCAGCAGCCCAAACGGCAAGUCAGUCACAUACACAGAGAGCCCAAACGGCAAGUCAGUCACAUACACAGAGCCCUGUGCUCCCCCCGAUAUCCUCCCCGGCCAAUUCUGCCUCCGCUCCGCCGGGGCCGUCGCCGGCAGCCCCUCCGCGCCAGGGCUCGACCAGCAGCAGCGGCUGGCCGUCUCCGCAGGCACCGCCGUUGCCGCCCUUAGGCCUCACCUGGCCUCAAGCGGAGAGGAUACUGGCAAUCUACAGGGACACCUGCCUCUACAACUUCCCCUUUGUGUGGAUCCCCGGCCACAUGACGGCGCAGGAGCUGUGCGAGUCCAAGCCCUGCCUGUUUCGAGCGGUGAUGCUCUCCUCCGCCCCGUUGCCGGUCGCGAGGCUGAAGAAGAUGAAGCGCAACGUCAUUGCGUACAUUAGCCAGCAUAUGCUCGUCGAGGAGGAGCGAAGUCUGGACGUCCUUCAGGGACUGCUUAUUGUCAUCGCAUGGGCGGAUUUGCAAAGCUUGUACGACCAGCAGAUUACAAAUCUUACUUAUCUGGCAACAGGCUACGCUCACAACUUGGGUAUUACCAAGAUACCGCGCGAGUUGCUGAAGCAAAUAGGAAUGGACAACGCCCCAGAUGACGUAAGAGCAGCAAAAGACAUCAACGUACCCAAAGCGCCAUCGUCGGAUGAGAUGCGAGCUUUCCUCGGUGUUUAUUACCUGUUAUCAAUAAACUCGAGCCAGUUCGGCCGCAACACGACCAUGCGCUGCCAGUACGUCGACUUCUGCGCCGAUGCCCUCAGCCAGGCCGGCGAGUACCCGUCCGACUUCCUUCUGCAGCAGGUCGUGCGCCUGAUGCAGAUCGAGGACCGCAUCUCCGAGUUCUUCGGCUCGGCCAACGACACCGCGCGCGGGCGGCCCUUCCUCUUCCUCGUCGACGAGAACGUCACCACGCUGCGCGCCGAGCUCGACGCCGUCCUCGAGUCGCUCUCGUACGCGGAGCUGACCAAGCGCAUGCCGCACUGCUCGCCCGACCAGAUCGACCACUUCGCGCGCUACUUUGAGCUCACCCGCCAGUACCUCCUCGUGCGCCUGUACGAGCCGGCCACGUACCUCGGCGACAUGCCCGACAGCGGCGCCCCCGGCGGCGACAGCCAGCAGCACCAGCACCACUACCGCGCCACGGCGCUGCAAAACUGCCUGCUGGCCGCCGGCGCCUUCCUCGACACGGUCACCAGCGUGCCGGCCACCAGCGCGCGCUUCCAGGCGCUCGCCGCGCCGGGCCAGACGGGCUUCGUCAUGGUCAUCUGCUCGCGGCUGCUCGUCGUUGACGCGCCCGGCUGGGACGCCGCCGCCGCGCGCCGCGCGCUCGACUUCGCCGGCUACCUGGCCAAGAUCGUCGGCCGGCUCGAGGUGGCCGAGGAGCGGCGGCGGGUCAACGCGGAGCACUUCGUGCGCGAGACGCGCGUGCUCGGCGUCACGCCCGAGGAGAUGGCCGAGCCGGGCCGCUACGCGGGGUCCUCGCAGAAGACGGCGUACAUCAAGGCGUGGUACGAGAACCGGCUGCGGCAGAUGGACGAGGCCGCCGCCGCGGGGGGAGCGGGCCCCGCGGCUACCACGCUGGAGCCGUCGGAGCCCAUGUAUGUGGAGGAGACGCUGCUGGGACGGCCGUGGUACCGGCUCUCGAGGAACGCGGGCCCGCGCUGGUUUGUCGGGCUCUUGGAGGGCUCGGCGUGGAACUUUGACGAUGUACAGAUGAGCAACGCAAACCAGCAGCCGCCCGAGUAG